AUAAGAGAGUUGAAAGUAUGCCUUCUUGGGGAUACAGGGGUUGGAAAGUCAAGUAUCGUGUGGAGGUUUGUGGAGGAUAGUUUUGAUCCCAACAUUAAUCCCACAAUUGGAGCAUCAUUUAUGACGAAGACUGUGCAGUACCAAAACGAGCUUCACAAAUUCCUCAUCUGGGACACAGCAGGACAAGAAAGGUUUCGUGCCCUGGCUCCCAUGUACUACAGAGGCUCUGCUGCGGCUAUCAUUGUGUAUGACAUCACUAAAGAGGAAUCAUUCCAGACGUUGAAGAACUGGGUGAAGGAGCUUCGCCAGCACGGACCACCCAACAUAGUGGUGGCUAUCACUGGCAACAAAUGUGAUCUCUCCGAUGCCAGAGAGGUGUCAGAGAAGGAAGCCAAGGACUACGCUGACUCCAUUCAUGCCAUAUUUGUAGAAACCAGUGCCAAAAAUGCCAUUAACAUCAAUGAGAUCUUCAUUCAGAUAAGUCAAAGGAUCCCAGUUAUAGACACGGAUGGCGGGUCUGCAGUCAAGGGCUUCAAACUUCGUCGCCAACCAUCAGAGUCGACCAGGGAACGCACUUGCUGUUGACGCAGCCGUAAACAAUUUGGCCAGAUCCUCUCCAGCCUCUUGUUUUAUUUUCGAUUAGUAACCAAGGAUAAUAGCAGAUGAAGAAUGUGAUGUCAUAGGGGAAGUUACGUAACUUCCUUUUGGAGCCAAAAAAGAAGUUCAGUUAAGAAUGGAAUGAGAUAUAUAGUCUGAAUCCUGAUGCACUUCCUUGAGAAAAGAUGAAAAUGCCCUCAUAUAAUCGUUGUACCUUAUCUUGCCUGUUCUUCAGCCCCCCGUUCAAAUGUCUUUGGGGAUCCAUUUCUGUUCUAGAUCACAAACACCUGCUUAACAGAUCAGAUACUGUCCUGUCUUGCUCUCUUUCUCUCUCGUUCAUUCUUAUCUCUGUGCAACAACCUCUGCAAAACUCUAUGAAGUUUCCGAGUGAAGCUGUUGUCUGUCCGUCUGUACAUUUUAAGAUUUUCAGCACUCCUAAUGCAAGCAACACAGCGUUCUUGUCCCACUAUUUUUGCACAUUUUUGAUGUAUAUGAUAAACAAAAAUGUGAAUGGGUGAAUCUCAAGAAAGCUGUCAUAUUCAGGUCUCAUGUCAGUCAAAUCAAGUGGAAAAAUAGGAAAUUAUAUUUUGCAUAAAGUGAAGGUAAAGUCCAUUCUUAGGACUAUUAAGAUGUUUUUCAUUGUGUAACAGUAUAAAAUUUAUUUCAACUGUAAAACAGUAACUAAUAUAGCUGUAUUACAUUAAUGAUAAAUACAGAAAUACACUAUGAAAGCGUGCUUAAUUGUCCUAAAAGAAAUGUAACAAAAUGCUCUUAAAAAUAGUCCUCAUUAUCUCUCCUUUUUUAUUGUGAUUAUGAGGGUAAAAUGACACGGACAGGUUUUCGUGGGGUUUACUCAAACACAAAUUUACUAUUAUAAGUAUCAAUAAAUGUUUGUAUUUCUGUUACGCAGGACCAGACGUGAGGUUGUGAGCACUUCUGUCUUUCCUAUAUUUUGUAUAUGAAAAAAAAAACUAAAAUCAGUGGUAGUACUAAAAAUAUAAAUGAAGAUAACUCUGGGAUUUAGCAAGAGAUGUCUGAGCCUUGGCCAGAAGCCCUAUUUCGAGAUGAGUUUAUGAAUUUAUAUAUGAAGAAUGUGCCAAAUCUUUUUUGUGACAUAGUAGGAGUUGGAUCUUGUAGUAGCAGAUCAAUAGGUCAGUGAUGCUGAUGGCAGCAUGCGUGAGUUCAGCAAAACCUUCUGCUUAUUUAAUCAGUUCGCAAGUCGAGAUAACAGUAGUAACACAUUCUUUGCUCCAAUUAGCCACAUUCUGGGUUGCCAGAUUCUUAGCUACAGAUCCAGCCUGUUCUUGGAUUAACAAACAGUAAGAAUGGACUCUUAGGUUUGCCGAUAAAUGUCCGUUGUUACCACUUGCAGUGCAUUAUCGUGGCAUUAGAGAAGUUCAACCCUCAUGCUUUGAGAUAAAGUUGGCCAGUCUUCUAGAAUGCGGACAAGAAUAGCAGAUUCAAAGUGUUAGAUUUGAUAACUUUUCCAACUGUUCACAUGUUUUUCAUAUCAGAAAUUUAAUGGUAGUGGGAAGUAGCCAUUGCUGGAAUUCUGUACACGAAGUGGUGCGAUUUAGGCUUUUGUCCAAGACUUUGUGAAGUGUGCAUUAUGUCCGAAUACUUUCUAAAAUUGCAUUUUAACCAUUUGUGUUAGUUGGCCGUUGUUUGCUUCAGAUCCCUUGCUGUUCCAUUUUAUGAGAUUUUUUUACUGGAUUGAGUGAUUUUGGGAGGGCUUGCCAAAUGCCCUAAUUGUCUCAUAAACAUUUUUCAUCUUUCUCAUUCUUUCACUG